AUGGGCACCGUCUGGUCCGCCCUGCUGGUCGGAGGCGGUCUGGCCGGGGCGCUUUUCGUUUGGCUGCUGCAGAGCGGUCCUGGGGACACGGGGAAUGAUGGGGACGCGGAGCUGAAGGACUCCCCUCCCGGGGAGACUGCGGCUCCCGGAGGCGAUCAGGGUGGCGGCGGGAGACUGAGUCCUGGACCUUCCGGGCGGGAGCUGGUCACCAAACCAGAGCAUCUUCAAGAAAGCAAUGGAUGUUUGAUUUCAGAGACCAAAGGCCAUGGUAACCUGCAGGAAGCAGCAUGGAGACGGCAGAGCCCUUCUGGAGAAGACGGUGACUGUGACCAUUCAAGCGAGCAUGCCCCUCCUGGACAGUCUCCAGACACAAAAGCUCUAGCUCCCUCUGAAACUGGCCCCUCUAGGGGUUACUCCGAAGUUUCAAGGGAAUGGGGAUUCCAAAAAGGACAAGAGACACCUGCUAAGGCAGCUGCCUGUUUUGCAGAGAAGCUGCCUUCUGGCAACAUGCUAAUGGACAGAACUAAAGAAGCAAGACUUCCACAAUCGGACAGUUCAGACCUGGCUAACCAGGGGGAUUGGGAAAUGGUGUCCAGGCAUUCAUCUUGGGGAGAUGUUGGUUUGGGUGGUAGUCUUGAGGGUCUAGUGUCAAGCCCAAGCCAGGGAAUGGACUAUGGCAAAAGUAUUCCUGCAGAAGCAAGAGGUCAAGAAGUACAAGUGAAAACAAAAAAGGUAGCAGCAGUGUUUCCAGCAUCUCAGCAAGUUAGUGUCAGGUUCCAAGUCCACUAUAUCACAAGUACUGGUGAGCAACUCAUUGCAGUAACUGGAGACCAUGAGUGUCUUGGGAGAUGGAAUACGUACAUCCCACUCGAGUAUAGCAAGGAUGGGUUCUGGUCUCAUUCUGUUUCCCUGCCAGUCAAUACAGUGGUGCAGUGGAAGUUUGUGGUGGUAGAGAAUGGGAAGGUAACCCGCUGGGAAGAAUGCAGCAAUAGAUUCCUAGAGACUGGCCAUGAGGAUAAAGUGGUUCAAGCGUGGUGGGGGAUUCAUUGA